GCAUGGAGACCUCACAUCAACCUUCCAGUACCUGAAGGGGGCUCACAGAUAGGAGGCCAGAGAGGGACUCUUUGUUAGGAGCUGUAGUGAUAGGGCAAGGAGUAAUGGGUACAAACUGAAAGAGGGGAAAUUUAUGUUAUAUAUAUAGAAGAAAUUCUUGACUGUGAGGGUGGUGAGGCACUGGAACAGGUUGCCCAGAGAAGCUGUGGAUGGCCCAACCCUGGCAGUGUUCAAGGCGAGGCUGGAAAAGGCCUUCAGCAACCUGGUCUAGUGGGAGGUGUUCCUGCCUAUGGCAGGGGGGUUGGGACUAGAUGAUCUUUAUGAAUCUAUGAGUCUUUGCAAGAUUUGCCAGGCUCUGCAGUCAGGUGGGCUACAUGGUCAAGAUGAAGGGGUGGGUGGCAUCUGGCAACAUUUUACACCAAAAAAGAAAAAAAGAUGGGAACAUGUGAUGUGCUUUAAGAAACAAGAGAGUCAACAUUUUGUACAAAGACAGGAGAUGCAGAGAACAAAUGAAGACUUAGAUUUGAGACCUAGCAAAUGAGAGAGGAAUAGGAAGGGUUUUAAACUGCCAAUAGCAAAAGCUAGGGAGACCAGCAGGCAGUAGUCACUGCCUUGGGUCAAUCUUGCUGGAAUGGGUAAACUUCUCAUGCCUGCUGUUGAUAUGGUGUCUGUGAGGUACAGUCUGUCAUGAUGGUGGAAUGCUUUCAUUCUGCCUGUAUGCCCUCUAACCUGUCUGCCAAAAAUAACAGCAAAUACAAAGAACAAAUCAUAGAAUGGGUCAGGUUGGAAGGGACCACAGUGGGUCGUCUGGUCCAACCUCCCUGCUCAAACAUGGUCAUCCCAGAGCACAUGGCACAGGAUUGUGUCCAGACAGUUCUUAAAUAUCUCCAGUGAGGGACACUCCACAACCUCUCUGGGUAAUCUGUUCCAGUGUGAGGUCACUUGCACAGUAAGGAAGUUUUUCCUCAAUUUCAGGUGAAACUUCCACCAGUUUCUGCCUGUUGCCUCUUGUCCUAUUGCUUGGCACCACUGAGAGGAGCCUGGCUCCAUCCUCUUGGCAUGCCCUCCCUUUAGAUAUUUAUACACAAAGGCAAAGCCCAGCAAACAGUAGCAAUAGCAAGUACCACAAACACCAAGGCUACAGUCCCCACCUCGCUGGGUAGCAGCAUUACCAGGCAUGCCCUUUUCUCCUGCCUCGGUGGAUGUUACUGGAACAGCCUGUACCUGUUGUGCUGGGGGCAGGAGAUGCAGAACCUGCUUUUACAGAGAUGCAUCACUUGGUGUGUGUUGGUGUACAGAUAUAUCCGUGCAGGUCCGUGGUCGGCAGCGUUCUCAAUCCCACCCACCCGGUACCUGUUAGUCACAGAAAGUCUCAGGAUCAUUGAAUCUGCUGAGUUGGAAGGGACCCUCAGGAUCACCGACCCCACCUCCUGGCCCUACGCAGGACACCCCAGGAAUCCCACCAAGUGAAACUUAGUGACAGUUUAAAAGUGACAAUCUAAAAGCGACAAGCAGAGACUGCGGUGUUUUUAGGGCGGCUCCAGGGGCAGGGGGUCGCCGCCAUUCGCCGGGAAAGAGGGAUGGCGCCAGGUGUCCCCGGAACCCCGGCGGUCGCUCGGCUAUGACGUGCCCCGCUCCCGGCAUAUCCGGCCCGGCCAUCCCGGCGGGUCCCGCCCGGUGUCUCGGCCUUCCCGGCGCUUCCCAUGGCCCUGCCCGCCGUCCACAGAUGCCUCCAACUCAGUGAUGAAAAUGAACAGUUAGUCAAGAAGGUGAAAAGACUACACAUAAAAAAUAAGGAGCUAGAAAAGAAUCUGGGUCAGAUCCAAGAAAAGUUGCAUCUGCACCAGUUAAUGCCUGACUGUGGCACAAGCAGAGAUGUUCAGGUUCAAACAGAAACCCAUUUAUGGCGUAAGGGUGGCGACAGCAAGGAUUUUGUUCUAGAGUGUGACAGUGUCAGACUGCUUCAUAUGUAUAAUGAGCUACAGAAACGUUACGUUAGAGAAAGCAAAAAAAACAAGGAGCAAAGUGAAGCAAUUAAAAAUCUCACUACUAAAAUUCAUGAGCUAGAGCAUAAUCUUCAAGAGCAGAGGCAAAGAAUUGCACAACUGGAAUGUAAAAAGGUUUCUUGGAAAACUAGUGCUGUUUCUGGAAAAAGAAGUCGAACCUCAGAGGGAGGAAUAACUUCUCACAGGGACAUUUCUGAAGAGAAGGAAUCCUGUUGCAGUAAAUAUUUAGAGCUAUUGUUGAAGGAGAUUAAAAAGCUGAAGAAAGAAAAUGCAAAGUUGUCUGCAGAAAAGAGAGCACUAAAAAAUGAAUUAGCUGGAUUAGACAAGGAAUUUUUUGAAGAGGUAGAAGAUCUAAAGCAUGCUGUACAGGAAUGUCUGAAACUGAACUAUGAGUACGAAAAAUGCUUGAAACAAAUAAGUGUAAUGUAUGGGCUUCCUUUUACAGCACAUUUGUAAAUACUGGUUAAUUUAAUGGCAAGUAGAGUUUCCACUUUUUUUUUAUACUUACUGCAACAUUUAAACCUACCAUGGCUUAAGUGGUACCUCAUUUUGAUAAUGUUAUGGAUUCAUUAAUAUGAUCCUAACAAGCUUCUCUGAAAUGUUUUUGUAUUUUGUGCCUUUGAUUUUUUGUUUAUAUGGUUUUUAAAUAAACUGUGGUCUGCAUAACUUCA